AUGACUUUUGUUAUUUUAACACUAAAUGCUGAACACAGGGAUGAUGAAAGCAGUAAACGCGAACGAGUGAAGCGUUUUCUCCUCUCAUCGAAAAAGAAAACAACACCGACGACAAAAAAACCUAGCACAGACGUAUUGGCUUCUCUAAUUCCAACUACACCAAGUAACAAACACAGCACAUCACCAGGUUUCUCAAUCGGCGUUGAUAAAUAUGGAAAAAAGUUCAAUACCGCUUGUAAUUCGAAAACUCCAUGUCUAAACGGUGGCUCAUGCCGAACAUUGCCCAGUGGUCGACCCUAUUGCCAUUGCACCGAACAAUUUUACGGAAGAAAUUGUGAAAAGAAAUAUAAAUCCACUGGAUACGAUCAAUCGAAUCGAAACGCUUGUUCAAGUUCUCCAUGUCUUCACGGCGGUGAAUGUGUUCCGAAGGGUUCAUCAUUUCUUUGUCGAUGCAAAUCACCUUAUUACGGGUCAACUUGCAGUAAACACAAAGACUAA